UAUGACAUCAGCGAAACCUAGGCUGCUCUCAACAAAAUCCAGCGCUUCCUAUUCGCUACUAUGAAAGCCUCAGCUUGUUCCGUGUUCCUAGCCUUGGGUCUCCAAGAUUAUUCUGGCUCCUACCUUGACUGUCCUACUCAGGUCUUCGAUACAGCACCCCUUCUGAACAUUACUGUCCCAAUGGUGUCCACCCAAGAGCAAAUUCGGUCUGCUAUAGUUGUGUUCGAGUCUGCCGCUCAGGGUACCAAGCCCGCCGACCUGUUUGAGAUGCAGAGCUGGAUGAUGGGUGGUGCUCACGUCAGUCUUGGCUAUGGGUUGCUCAGUCUCUAUCAACAAGCGGAAAACAUUCAGCCCCAGGAUAUUCAAGACUUUGUAGGAUAUUCGCUUCAAUGGGUAGCUGCAAUGGAAGAGCAUCAUGACCACGAAGAGAGGUUCUACUUUCCCCUGUUCCCUUCUAAAUUCGCCUCUACCUCUGGAACAGCCAUUCAUGACGAGCAUAUAUCUUUUGCUACUAAUCUUCAGUCUAUGCACGAUUACCUUGUUUCCUGUCUGCCUAACGGUGCAACCUAUGGAUACGGCUCGGUUGCCGGGGAGCAUGAACAACAGGAGUUUGACGGCAAGAAACUGAAGGAGAUAGUGGACGGUAUGAUAGAGAAUUGGUGCAAGCAUAUGACAAACGAGCUAACUUAUCUCUCCCCGUCAAACCUCCGCGAGUCUGGUUUGACUGAAGACGAACUGAAGAAGAUUGGGGCUGAGACGGCAGUGCAUAUGAAAUCUCAGCCUAAAACAACAUUUGGUGUCUAUGUUGUGAUCCAUACGCCAACCUCGUUAAGCUUCCCGCCUAUGCCUGGUUUCGUCAAGAAUUAUAUUAUCCCUUAUCUUUUGUACCUGCCCUACCGUCGUUUGUGGAGGUUUGCGCCGAAGCUUUAA